CCGGGGAUGGGCCAGAUUGGGAAGGGCGGUACGAGGGUGGGACUUGGCGUUGGUGUUUUGGAACAUCAAAGAUGGACAGGGUUUUCGCGGAGGUCGCUCCUCAGAUAUCUCCACAACUACAGAUCGGGGAUCUUCCAAAAUCGAGAAGAUUGGUGCAUACGGCUAGGUCUCUUCACCUUACAAUUUGUAUGGCAAUUUGGCCCGGGGUUGUGGUGUGGUAGGGGAGAAUGGGGGAUAAUCCCACGCAGGAGUUCCGAACGACGUCUGGUUCACGUUUGGCUGGAUAACUCCACCACCACACGGGGUAUGCGGUCGGCGAUGGGGUCAAAAUGCUCGUAUGAUCGAGGGCUUUUCGAUGGAUCUAUCGGCGGGUUCUUAUUCGAAAAAUCGAGCGAGUUCGUGGUUGAAAGUGAUUGA